AUGAAGAUGUUCAUCAAGUCAAUGGAUGAAGAUGCAUGGCGCACAGUUCUGACUGGCUGGAAACGACCUGUUGCCACAGAUGAAAAAGGAAUUCAAACUGAGAAACAUGAAAAAGACUGGAGCAAAACUGAACAGAUUGCCGCAAAUAUGAAUUCCAAAGCAUUGAAUGCCAUAUUCAAUGGAAUUGAUAUCAAUCAAUUCAAAAUCAUCUCAGCGUGUGAGUGUGCCAAGGAAGCAUGGGAAAAACUUCAAACAGCCUAUGAGGGGACUACCUCUGUUAGAUUAUCAAAACUUCAGAUGCUUGCUACUCGUUUUGAGGAUCUUCGGAUGGAGGAAACUGAAACCGUGAGCGAUUUCAACUCCAAAUUAUGCGACAUCGCAAAUGAAGCCCAUGGCCUCGGUGAAACUUACCCUGAAGUAAAACUUGUUCGUAAAGUGCUGAGAUCUAUGCCAGACCGGUUCGCAUAUAAGGUCACUGCUAUAGAGGAAGCAAGUGAUGUGGACUCAUUGCGGCUUGAAGAUCUGAUCGGAAAUCUACAGACCUUUGAAAACAAGCUGAACAUCAGUAGAAUGGAUAAAGAGAGAAAAAUCGCUUUACAAACUGUGUCUGUUGUGACACCAUCCGUGCCCUCAGCUCCCAUGACAGCACUCGAAGUCAAGCUUACAAAAUCCAUGUCUCUAAUAGCCAAAAACUUCGGAGAACUCGUGAAAAUGAAUGGACAUCCCAGAAGUCCUACAAACAAGCGAGAAGUUAGGAAGGGGAUUCGAUGUAGAGAAUGUCGUGGCUAUGGUCAUAUUCAAUCUGAAUGUGCAAACACUCAGAAGAAGCAAGGAAAAUCACUUGCUACAACCUGGAGUGACGAUAACUUUGAAUCUGAUGAUGAAAGUGAAGCAAGUGAUGCUGAAACUAGUAUUGACUUCUGUGGUACAUGCAGGGUUACUGACGUGACACAAGAUGUUGUCACAUGCACUGAACCACCACACCUCAGGUAUGCUACUCGUAAUCUCGUGAAUCAUAGAAAUUUAAACACAAUUUUUUUGCCCACAGGAGAAGAAGAUUCAGAGGAUGAUGAAGAAUGCUCCAUUGAGAUGAUUCAACAGCAACUGAAUGAUCUUCUAAAGCAAUGUCAUGAGGUUAGUGAUGAAAACAAGCGUUUGAAUGAGAAAGUAAAGGAACUGGAAGAGGAGAAUGAAGCAGUUAAAGUCAACCUGAAGGCCAAAAUCGAUGAGCUUGAGUUGGAAAAUGAGGCACUGGAGGUAAAACAUGAUUUUGCUUUGAAAGAUAUUGACAAUCUAAAAGAAUUGUUGAGACAUUUGCGAAACAACGAUUGCAAUAAGACAAGGCAGAUCAAGAAAAAUCCUCCUUCAAUGAAAACUGCUGAACCCUGCCUCAACCUGAAGUGUGACAACUCCCCUGUCGCAACAGCGUUAGAGGCGUCAGUCAGUAAGUUAAAUCGCACUACGAUUCUUCCUUCAAAAAGGUUAGAUGAAAUUUUAAAUGCUCAUCCCUCAAAUCCUGAUAAACUUGGUCUUGGCUAUAUUGGGAGUGUACCUAAUUACUUGAAGAACCUGCAUAAUGUGUCUGGUGGACAAGUUACUCUUGGUGAUGGAAACAAGGCCUUUGUGAAAGGAGAAGAGGGUUUGAAAUCAAACCUACUCAGCGUAAGUCAGCUAUGUGAUCUAUACGACUCAGUGUUGUUCACCAAGCGUAAGUGUGAAGUGUUUGAUCGAAACCACAGGUGUGUUCUAUCUGGUUAUAGAUCCUCUGAUAAUUGUUAUAAAAUUGAUCAAACUGACCAAGUUGAACAGUGUCCCCUCACCACCUCUGAUAUCACAGAUAUGUGCUGUCAUCGACUGGGGAAUUUGAAUUUUCAGGAUCUAACACGAAAUAUUAAUGCAGGUUGUGUGAAAGGUGUUCCCCAACUAAACUCCAAUACACCAGAUUUAUGUGGCAAAUUUCUAAUGGAGAAACAAACUGAGAGUAUUGGAAGAGAAAUACCAGAAGACAAAAUCACAGAAGUAUCAGUACCGACAUCUUAUGUCACAACUGAAGAUGUUACCCCUGGUAAAGAAGGUAUGAAAACUUGUAAUAAGCCCAAGGUUGACUACCAGGAAAUGGUCAGGUAUGUCUAUCUCACUUCCACUGUUGAACCAAAAAACAUCAAAGAAGCAAUUCUUGAUGAAUUUUGGGUGUUAGCCAAGCUUGAGGAACUUGAGCAGUUUUCUCGAAAUGACAUGUGGGAACUGGUUCUGAGCAAUGACAAGGUAAAGCAACUAGAGGAUGAGGUAUUUAUCUCACAGAGCAAAUAUGCCAAGAACGUGGUAAGUAAAUUUGGGUUGCAAAAGGCAAAGCCUUUAACAACACCAAUGACCUCAAUUGAGAAGUUGGGACGAGAUUGUGAUGGCACAGACGAUGAUUCCACACUAUACAGGAGCUUGAUAGGAAGUUUGUUUUAUCUUUCUGCUAACAGAUAUGAUAUUCGUUUCAGGGUAGGUAUUUGUGCUAGGUACCAAGCAAGCCCUAAAGAGAGUCAUUUGAGUGCUGUAAAGCGCAUUAUCCGAUAUGUUAGUGGAACACCCGAAUUGAGAAAAUGGUAUUCAAAAGAUACUAACAAUUGUCUUGCAGGGAACAGUGAUGCUGACUGGACAGGAAAUGUGGAUGACAGAAAAAACAUCACAGGAGGUUGUUUCUACAUGGUUAGCCAUGAUAGAAGUGUGCUGCCCCCUCUAUCGGGAGUGAUCAAUGUCUAUGACUUCAUUCAUCUCAAAGAUCAUACCUCUAUUGGGAGAAUUAUGCUACCGCAUAUGCAUCUCUGA